AAUCAUACGUAGAGCAUCUGAUUAUAGUUUUCAUUUCUUUGUAGUAACAUGUCCGAGAUCUUGAUUGUGUUUUCGGUACCAUUCUUUGUCUCCACCCAAAGCUAUAUCAUAUCUCUCACUCCCACAAUUAUUACUUUUUGUUAUUAUUAAAUAAUAAAUAUCCUUUCUCCAAAAUAAUAAAAAUAAUAUCUAGAGUAUAAAAUAAAAUAAAAAAACUUAGCCUCGUUCUUCUCCCUCUGUCUCUCUCUCUCUCUCGGUUCUCUUCUUCACUGAGCUCAAAGCGAUUACCUCCCAUGGGAAAAAUCUCUGAAGUGAUUAUUUAGCACUACUUUUUCUUUGUCUCCUUCUGAAUCCAUUUUUUAUGGAUCUUGGAGUUCGUGUUUCUGGUCAUGAAACCGUUUCUUCUCCGGGUCAAACUGAACUCGGAUCUGGUUUCAGUAACAAGCAAGAAAGAUCCGGUUUCGAUGGUGAAGAUUGCUGGAGAAGUUCAAAGCUCUCACGAACAUCAACUGAUGGAUUCUCUUCUUCCCCUGCCUCUGCUAAAACGCUGUCGUUUCAUCAAGGCAUCCCUUUACUGAGAUCUACCACUAUUAAUGAUCCUCGUAAAGGACAAGAACACAUGCUUAGCUUCUCUUCUGCUUCAGGCAAAUCAGAUGUCUCACCUUAUCUUCAGUACUGUAGAAACUCAGGAUAUGGUUUAGGAGGAAUGAUGAACACAAGCAACAUGCAUGGAAACUUGUUGACAGGAGUAAAAGGACCUUUUUCAUUGACUCAGUGGGCAGAGCUAGAGCAACAGGCGUUGAUCUAUAAGUAUAUCACAGCCAAUGUCCCUGUUCCAUCUAGUUUACUUCUCUCUCUCAAGAAAUCUUUUUUCCCUUAUGGUUCCUUGCCUCCUAAUUCUUUUGGAUGGGGCUCUUUUCAUCUGGGCUUUUCCGGUGGUAACAUGGAUCCCGAGCCAGGGAGAUGUCGCCGGACAGAUGGAAAGAAAUGGCGGUGCUCGAGGGACGCUGUUCCCGAUCAAAAGUACUGUGAACGACAUAUUAACAGAGGCCGCCAUCGUUCAAGAAAGCCUGUGGAAGGCCAAAAUGGCCACAAUACUAAUGCUGCCGCCGCUGCUUCUGCUGCUGCCGCUUCUACCGCUGCUGCUGUGUCCAAAGCGGCAGCGGGGACUUCAGCUGUUGCGAUGCGUGGAUCAGAUAAUAACAAUAGCCUUGCCGCUGCUGUUGGAACACAACAUCAUACCAAUAAUCAAUCUACAGAUUCUUUGGCUAACAGAGUUCAAAAUUCUCGAGGGGCUUCGGUUUUUCCUGCCACGAUGAACUUACAGUCGAAGGAAACUCAUCCGAAACAAAGCAAUAAUCCCUUUGAAUUCGGACUCAUCUCUUCUGAUUCGUUACUUAAUCCGUCGCAUAAACAAGCCUCGUAUGCAACCUCUUCCAAAGGCUUUGGAUCGUAUCUUGACUUCGGCAACCAAGCCAAGCACGCGGGGAAUCACAACAAUGUCGAUUCUUGGCCCGAAGAGCUGAAAUCGGAUUGGACUCAGCUCUCAAUGUCAAUCCCUAUGGCUCCAUCUUCCCCUGUUCAAGAUAAACUUGCACUCUCACCUUUAAGGUUAUCGCGUGAGUUUGACCCCGCGAUCCACAUGGGAUUAGGCGUCAACACCGAGUUUCUUGACCCCGGGAAAAAGACGAAUAACUGGAUACCAAUCUCCUGGGGUAAUAACAACUCCAUGGGAGGUCCACUCGGCGAGGUACUAAACAGCACGACCAAUAGUCCCAAGUUUGGUUCCUCUCCAACAGGCGUCUUGCAAAAGUCGACAUUUGGUUCUCUUUCUAACAGCAGCUCGGCAAGCAGCACCAUCAUUGGCGAUAACAACAAUAAGAACGGUGAUGGAAAAGAUCCGCUUGGCCCGACCACGCUGAUGAAUACUUCUGCUACUGCUCCUUCUCUGUGAAACUGAAAAAAAAAAACUAAGGACAAUUGCGAAAACAAAAACACUCUGUUUUUCUCUGUUUCUGGUUUUUCUUACUUGAUGCAUUGUUGUUUCUGUUGCUGUUUUCUUUCUAUAUAAAGCAAGAAGAAACUAAAGGAGAGAUGUGUGUUUUUUUCUUCAU